CCGUACCAACGGCUCUGAUACUCAUCACAUCACUUGGAAUGGAGGGACUGACCUACAGCCUCACGUACCGGGCACCCGGAGGCAAGACGGCGCCUGUGGUGGUAGAGGCACCUGUGGUGGUGGCCACGUCCAGUGCGGCAGAUGGGUUGGGAUUGGAUGAGGGGGAUGAGCUGGUGGCGACUUUGCUGGCUCAGAAGACGGUCCGCGCUGACGUUGCGUUUCAGCGACUGGAAGCUGGGAGGGCCGCAGAGAUCGCUCGGGCAAAGGCGGUGAGGUCGGCGGCCAAUCCUAAUGUGGUUGGUGCCGGAUCAGAAAGGAAUGCCGGCGGUGCCGACGGUGGUGAUGAUGAUGCCGAGGUGGUUCAUGAUCGCAUUCAAGUCGAUCCCAGCGAGGUCGAGGUCGCGCCCGUGCCGUUGAUGGUCAAGGGCGAGUACGGGCCGUACACUCGCCUCGAGUCGUGGUACCAGGCGCUGAUGGAGCCGGCUGGCACCGCAGCUCCCACCGGGACAGUUGACGAGCUGGCGGCAGAGAACAGAUCAUGGACGCCAUCGCGGGAGGGCAAGGCGCCGCUGCGGUUCAGGGGUGGCCGCUAUCUGCAUCACUACAUCGGCUCGCGCAACCACUGGCAGAACAGAUGAUCACGAGUGAUGGACGGCGAUUAGUAAACGUUUGAUGGUCUU